GCAGACUACGAGAUUGGAGGAAAGCAACUGACAUAAUAAAGCUUAUGGAGCCCUCUUUGCAUCUCGUCUCAGUUGGAACUAUUAAUCAUCUUCUGCAUUUUCUGGGAAAAAGUGGAAAGAUGGAGAUUAUGAUGAAGCUGUUUUACAGAUUCGUGGCAUUGGGAUCCAGUGUCAAUAUUAGUACUUAUUCAAUCUUGUUGAAGAAUCUCUUGUCUUUUGGAAAUUGGAGGAAAUACAUUGAGGUCUUGCAGUGGAUGGAUGAUGCUGGAAUCCAACCCUCUAAUGCAAUGUACAAUGACAUACUUUACUUCGCACAAAAUUGUGGUGGUGCAGAGUGCGCUGCUAUCAUCAAGGAAAGAGUUGGUAUGUUGGUUGUGUGUAUUUCUGCUAUUAUAAUUGUUAUUUUAGCGAGAAACCAUACUCAUACAUGAGGUACUAGUUGCAUAUCGUUUACCUAAUAAAAAUAUCUCUGAACUUUCAAAAGUUUUAAUGAUACCCUUGUACUUUAAAAAAAAAUCAAAAGUACAUUUACCA